UGACUGCAGUCUGAAGGACCUGAACGUCACUGCAGCCUCUUCUUAUAGGACGGGAGGUGAUAAGACACGAGGGUGGGACUCGAACUCAGACUGUCAACUUGACAGAAUUCCUACAUCUGUCGCGCUGUGUCGCCGCCUCAUGACGCGGCCUCGCCGUCACGUGACCCCUGUCUUUACAAGGUGCUUCCGGUCCCCGGCUCUCUCAGACAGGAAAAUGGCGGCUCUGGCUCGGCUCUCUCAGGCGCUCCGGGUUCCGCUCCGGUCUGUGACCCGGUCUCCGCUGAACCGGGACCGGCGGCAGCUCUCUGCGGCGGCGGGACACGGACACGGCGAACACUCCGCUAAGACCUGGAAGAUUCUGACCUUCGUGGUGGCUCUGCCCGGUGUCGCCGUGUGCAUGCUGAACAUGUACCUGAAGGAGCAGCAGCACAGCCACGAGCAGCCCGAGUUCAUCCCGUACACCCACCUCCGCAUCCGCUCCAAGCGCUUCCCGUGGGGAGACGGCAACAAAUCUCUGUUCCACAACCCUCACGCCAACGCUCUCCCUGACGGCUACGAGGGCCACGACGAGUGAAGCCCUCCGGACCAGACGGACCUCACCGGGCCCAGGGACCAGCCGGUCCCCCUCCACCCUCCUCAGAUAGUUACUGGACCACACCUCCACCCUCCGUUUACUCUCCAUGUUUGUGUUGUUUACCUCUGUGCUCCGUCAUGGAGCACCCGAACCAACUCCGGACCACCAAACAAAAAUGUCUGCUUAACUUGACUUAAAUAAAGUAAAUAUUAUUACCUCCA